AUGAUUUCCUUAGAUGUGUCUCAAAAAUUCCUCUCGUUUAUCAUGCGCCUCGCCGUGCUCUCCCUCUUGACGUCUGUCGCUGUCGCAGACCCUGGCUGGUGGUUCUUUGAUGCCUGGGAUGGGUUGAGUUGCGGAGACGCACCCCAGAACGGCCAAAUAUUCCUCACUACCGAGGGAUUGGGGGAUUCAUUUUGCAUGAGCUUCGACAAUGGGCAGAGAGCUUACUCUUAUGCUGCGAGCUAUUUCAGCGAGGAUAUCGAAGCUCGAGGAUACCUGCAUGAGCAUUGUGAAGGGCCGAGCAAGAUCAUUCACAACAAUACUUCCCGCAGUCUGUCACGACAAUUAUUUCGAUACUCGCAAAAAGUCGUUCUCGAAUGA